AUGAGACUCAAUUUCUCCACUUCGAUAUUUCAGAAAUUUAUAACGGAUCCCUCACUGCAAAAAAACCCAGAGUUUCUAUGGCGUUUUGGUGAAGCCUGUAUGAUGUGGGCGAACAAAUACAAAAAGCGAAAUCCCAAAAGACGAGAACUAAUUUUUGAAGGUAGAGAGUAUGCAAUUAAAGCAUACGAAUUGAACGAAAACAGUUUUGAUGCACUUCGUUGGACAGCGAUUUUAUGUGGUGCAGCAACUGAAUACUUGGGCGUUAAGGAUCGAAUUUUGCAAGGAAAAAAAUUCAAGAGCUAUUUGGACAAAGCAAUUGGUAUCCGCUCAACAGAAUACACUCUGUUACAUUUACGCGGCAGAUUCUGUUAUGAAGUUUCCAAUUUAUCCUGGUUGGAGCGUAAAGUUUGCAGUACUCUACGCUUUGAACUUCCUUCUUGUACCAUCGAUGAAGCAUUAGCUGACUUUUUGGCGGCAGAGAAAUUUAAAGAAACACCGUGGCCAGAAAAUUUGUUGUACAUCGCCCGCUGUUACGCAGUUAAGAAACAAAAAAAACUUGCUCAAGAUUUCCUAGAGCGAGCCGAAGCAGUUGACGAGCCAGAUGAAUGCGUUAACGAAAGUAUCGCAGAGGUACGCACAAUGAUAUCAAACCUUCUCUGA